UCAAAACCCACGUUUCGUUGCUUGUGUGUUGUCUUUCUGUCCUUCUACUCUUUCUUUUCCUCUUUCUUUUCCUCUUUCUUUCACUUUCUUUCGUAGGCCAGAAUGUCGGGUUUCGUACCAGCAUGUUACGCAUGUGGUAUGACUGGGCACAUCCGAAGGGAAUGCCCCAACCGUGCGCAUGGCGGAGAAGGGAAUAAUUACUCAGGAGCGGUGGCUAACGUGCAGCCGGCACAACCGGUAUUGGCAUUACCAGCACCGGUCGGCACAAGAGGGCAGGUCCAGCCGAUGCAGUACCAAGCACCAAGGUCAAACAACUACUACCCGAGAAUGGGGGAGAGGGUUGAAAAAAUUGAAACGAUCGUGGGACGGCUGGACUCACUUGACCGGCAGCAGCAGGAAAAGGAGGAACAGGUUAACAAGAAGCGUGAAGAAGAAGAGAGUAAGGUUACACGGGAGAAGGAACGAAAGGAGUUGGAAGAGGCUAUAGGAGCCCAAAUGGAGGCAAGAUUCAAGAAUAUGUAUGAGGUGUAUUUUGGAAAGAAGGAGGAAGAAGGCGAGAUUGAGAGACUGAAAAGGACCAGGGGUACAUGUUGCCAGCAGAGAUAUACGGAAAUUGCGGAAGCAACAAUAGGGGUGAAUGAUCAGGUAGUGAGAUUGAGGCAUGAGAUGAACGAGUUUCGGCGGGAAGCAGAGUUAGGGAGGAGUGGCCUAGAAAAAAGGCUCGAGCUACUAGCACUCGAAAAUGAACAGCUAAGGCAGCGAACGGAGAAGGCCAAUCAGGAAAUGCUGAUCUGGAAGGGAGAAGCCCUACAGCCGGGCAAUAAACGAGGGCAGGUUGCGCUGCAAGGAAUAACCACGACCGAGGGCAACCAAGGACGGACGAGAGCAAGGAUUGUUCAGGAGCAUUUGGGUGGAACCAGUAGCAUAAGGGAAUUAGAGGAUUUGCGGGCCAAAUAUCAGGCUACCCUGGACAAAGUCGAUAUCUUGAAGAAAAUGAAGGUGGAUGCUCUGGCGGAAGCGAUUAAGCAAAAGGAAAGGGCUGAACGCCUGGCCAGUGCGAGCAAGGUAGCCGGAACUCCAGUGAGCAACCUCCGUGUGCGUCUGGAGCAGGCCGCAGAGAAGCAGAAUGAGCAAGGUGCGAAGAAAAGCAAGUGUAAAGCAACGCCAGGGAGAGUUUUGAAUAACGAGAAGGAAAUCAAUGACCGACAUCAAUUUAUCAAGGAGCAAAGAAAGGAAUCGGGUAAGAAGAACAAGGCGCAGUUGAUGGAUAUUUGCGAAAAAAUGGGGCUCACGUACAAGAAAAUCGAGGUUACGGUGGAUGAAGUUGUGGAGCGGCGGGUUAAUGAUGCGUUCGGUAGUUUUUACUCAGCAAGGAGGUAUGUGACUAGGGAGAAACCGGAUCAGGAAGAAGUGGAAGAGGAGGGGACAAGUGAAGAUGUUGCGGAGGUACAUGAGGUGCGGUCGGACUGUUAAUGACGGUACUCAGACGCGGCGCUAUGGAGGCUAGCGGCACAGAUUAAAGGUGAACGUGUCUGUGACGUACGUAACACAACAC